UGCUACUGUUGUUGGUUGGUUGGUCGUUUGCUUGUUUAUUAUCCAUUCACCCAAAAAAAACGAGGUCUCAGUUUGAGUAAAUAUUGUUUAACUGUAAAUCAAUUGAGAGACAAUCAACGAUGAUGACCUGAUUCAAAUAUCUGAUUAUUAGCUGUCAAAACUUGUGGUCAAUCCAUUUCAAAUUUAAUCAACCUUGUGAGCUUUACAAAUGGUUUUACAUUCAAAAUGUAAAAACCUGGUUCAAUUCAAAGACACUUUUGGUUUUCAUCCUUUGUAUUAUCUCAGUGUUAUAAAACUGGUCAAAUUUGGUAGAUUGUUUCAUUUUUGGUUUAAAGUUGCUUGGCUUUUGUAGCUUGGUUUUGGGUUUGGGUUACACAGUAAACACUGUUGAACAUUUAAUCUGGUAAAAAGGUUUUCAUUAGUUUUUUGAUUUACCUCAUUUUUUGUUGUUUUUUUGGUUCAGUUUUCAUGAUUCUCAUCGAAAUUAGUUUCUGUAAUUACAGAUAAAAUGGGUUGAUCAUUAGUGACAUUAAACAGACUUUCACUGACUAACCAAUUCAAAUAAAGGUAAUAAUGGAAGCAAAAAAUGAUGGUAAAGUGCAACCAGAAAAAAAGGCCUUUCUCACUUAAUCAUCUGUUGAUCUUCAGUUUGCUUCCAAUCUCAUUUGACCAGAAAAUUUAAUUCUAUUUUCACAAUACAACCUUUAUUUUAGACUCAAAAAUUCUGGUGUUUUUUCAAUUUCAUGUCGAGUGUUUAUUUUGUUGCUUUUGUUGGGUUUGUUAGUGUAGGGUUUAUGAUACAAGGAGAAAUGGCUAUUUAAUGGACUUGAAUUUUCAAUCUUUGACCAAUCCAAGAUGCACUUGUUUAAAAAUAGGUGAAGAUGAAAAUCUCUGUAAUCACUGUUUUAUAAGAUUCAAAAAUUGAAAUUGAUUUUUUCAAGCUUAGUUUUUGAUUAAAAUUUGUAUUUCAAUCAAAACCACUCAAGUGACAUCUUCAUUUUAAUUUGUUAACUAAAAUGUGCUCCUAAAAAUUGGUCAAGUUGAAAAUGAAGUGAAACUUGUUGCUUUUACGGUUACUUGAGUAAUAAAGUGCCAAUAAACAAUGAACAAUUGAUGAGAUUUUUUAAAAUUUCAAGUGCCUUGAAAAGAGGGUGACCUUUCGGUCUUGUGCUAUUAAAGAUUUAUAAACUAAAACUGCUAUUGUGAAGUGCUUUUGUUGUAACCUGUAAUGAUACUUGUUGACAUUCAAGAUGCUUUUUGAAAUGUUUGUGCCUUAUAAAUGACCGUUAUUAUUGUUUGAAUCCAGCUUACACGGUGACCAUUGAAUCUAAAUUUAAAUCAACUGUAUUACUUUUUUAAAAAUCAGAUCUCGAAGCGUUAUUACUUGAAUCAAGUCACAAAAGAUCGCCAAAAACCGUAAUAGCAAAAAAUGGAACCUCACGAAACUCAUUAAGUGGUGAUAAUGAAAGUACAGUAACACGUUCAUCAGAAGUUAAUGGUUCAACGAUACCGAUUACUGAAAAUGAAGCAAACGAUGAGAACCAAAAUAGUCAAGUUACAGUCUCGUCAGCCUCAUCAGCUUCAUCGACAUUCAUACCAACAUCAUCUGUUGCUCCCAGUUCAAGUUCAAAUUCAUUGAGUGAAAUGUUACCAGAGGCUGGAAGUAAAAAGGUUGAUUUUGAUGAUUAUCUUGGAAUGGUUCCAGACUAUGAUGCUGAAUAUGACAGCAUAGAGAGUAGACUUGCUCCAAUAUCAAUAAGUGCUCGAGAGGAAGCCGCUUCAAAUGGACCAGAUAAUCUACCAGGUUAUCCACCACCCAAUGGAACUGCCUUGGACCAGUUGCACCAACAUGAUAGUGCUGACUUAGCUGCUGAUGGAGCUGGAUUCAUAUUUGAAUCGCCAGCUAUUGUCAAAAGUACUUCUUCGUCGUCUCCCUCUUCCUCACUCUCGUCUCCUACUUCAUCUUCCGAUUCAUCUAUAUCAGCUCCAUCAUCUUCGUCCUCUUCACCUUCAUCAUCGCUACCGAAACCAGCUUACGGUACAAGGACAAGCUUACGAAACCCACUGCCAAAUAAAUCGCAUUCUCGGCUGUCAUUAUACAACUCUCCGAACCAGGACUCAUAUCCAAUAUUGAGUCAAUCUCCGUCUUUCGCGGAAGCACCUUCAUCUGCUCUUAAAACUUUCAAUCCUCAACCUUUGUCAAAGUUAGCUCAACAACAAAUUGUCACAACUCCAUCUUUGACUUUAUCCAAAUCAAGAUCAAAAUUAGCUAGCAUAGCGGCACGCGCGGAUGCCAUUUCAAAACAAGCUGCUUCCCAUCAAAGGCAUAGUUUGCUUCAAAGUCAAACUCCUAUUAUUGAUUAUAAUUCACCUUUAAUAACACAUCUUCUCCGAUCAGCACAACACCAAGAAAGUGCUUUAGGGUUGCCUGGGUUUACACAUCAACGUCUUCCUACCAUCAGAAUCACACCAGAAUCAGAAACAUAUGCAAAUCCAUUAUUAGCGCAUACUCUAUCUUCAAAUUUGGCAGCUAAUUUUGGUAAUAUUGCCGCUGCAAAAUCAAAUUUGGGUGAUUAUCAUGCACGAACGCCGGCAUCUCCCAUUUUCAGCAGUACACACUUUGGAAUGCCUGCUAUAAGGUCAAAAAGAUCAACUGAUAGUGAAGAUCAAAGUGAAACAGAAACACAAAAACCAGGAAUUGAAAAUAUUUUACCUUUAGAACACAAUGAAGAUGAUAAGAAGAUGGAUCAAAAUAAUAAUAAACAUUCUGAAGGAGAAAAUCUCGAUAAUGGCGAGAAAAAAAAUCUAUCAUCAAAUUCAAAUGACACUAAUGGAAAUGACAAUGAUUUAUUGAAAUCAGAAGCUUCCGGAUACUUUGCCUUUGACGAUGAGGACCCUGAACUAGCAUCAUUAUUUAACUUGGACAACUCAUUUGAUAAACCAUCUCCUAUGAAGACACCAUUCUCGCUUACUUCGUCCGAUAGAAGAUCACGAAAACGAAGGCCACAAACCUAUUUUCCUGCUACCGCACAGACUACAAAACAAAAUUUUGGCAUUUUAGGAAGUGGAAAUUUCGAGAUAAUCAGAGGUGGAAUAUAUUCCGAGGAUGAAGUCAAAAGUGGAAGUGAUACUCAUUAUGCACGAGGAAUGUCUGAAACAGUUAAAUCGUCUAACAGUGAUUUCGAUGAUUACAAUGAUGGUUCCCUCAGUUCAAAGGUUCCUUAUUCAACGGAAGAAUAUUUUUCUAAUAAUCCGGUUCUUGGUUUCCAAGGUUAUGAUAAUUUCAAGGCAGCGUCCAAUCAGCAAAAAACUAUUGGUCCAAACGAAUCACGCCGUGAAUCAACUGCUUCAGAUUCCUCGGAAAAUCUUCAUGUAUUUGUCGAUCAUGAGCUGAUGGCCGCAUCAUAAUUAUUGCCAACCCUUAUCAAAAUUAUAUUUUUUGAUUCUGUGAAAAAUGAAACACAAAUUUUCUUCAAUUUUUCAUUGCACAAACAAACAAGGCCAACAUCAAGGAAACUUAAAAUUGAAGUAAUGUUAAAACGUUGUAUAAUUUACUCAGCGAUACAAGCAACUUUUAUCGUCUGGUCGUCUAUUUUGAUACUUAAUUGCAAAUACUAAUUGAAAUAAAUAACAAUCUUAAAGUGUUUAACACAGAGAUUUGUAUUUAAUAUAAACACUUUUCAAAAUA